AUGCCAAAUACUAGGAAAGACACUGAGUGCCCUGUAUUUGGGGCUCCUUCCAUGUUGAAGAAAAACGUGUUACCUACAUAUGCAGAUGUGAUCAAGAGUUAUUUAUAUAUACGGCAAACGUUAAUGGGGUCAGCUCCAAAUGGAGCUGAACCAACCCUAGGUAACAUUGCAGACAUUUUAAUAGAGGAGCUGAAAGUUAUUUGGGCUAAGGCGUCUGUUCCUGUGGUAACCGACCAACAAAUUUUACAUAUGAUAAAACAAUAUCACGAAAAAUUGAGGAAUCUCAAAAAGCCCCUAAAAUCCCGAUAUAAUGAUACCCUUAGACAAAAAGUAAUAAAAUUUAGAGACAUUGCAGAAAAAAAGCUUUUUGAUAUUUCGUCCUGCAAGUGCGUGGACUUUUCGUUGUGUAAGUGUAAAAACAAAGUGCCAGUUAGAGAAAGAGAAUUUUUAGUAGACCAGAGAACUGAUAGAAAAAUGUUCAUCGGCUCUAUUGAUCCACUAGCCACCAAAAGCAUACAACGAUCUUUACAUCGAAAAGACUUGGAAAAAAGAUCACUACCUUCAACUUCUACCUCCAGUGUGCUAGAAAUAGAGCUGCCAUUAGAUUUUAAAAAGACAACAGUUACUGAUAAUGACUGCGGUUUUAAUGCAAAGCAAGAAGCUAGUCCACAAGUAGAAGUAAGAUCCCUACCUUCCACUUCUACCUCCAGUGUGCUAGAAAUAGAACUGCCAUUAGAUUGUGAAAAGACAACUUAUAAUUACUGCGCUUUUAAUGCAAAGCAAGAAGCUAGUUCACAAGUAGAAGUAAGUUCUAAACAAAUGCGUAUAAAACUACCAAGUCUCGCACAAGCCUGCGAUAGAACGGGUGUUUCUGAUAGAUCCGCUGCCAUUAUUGCUUCUGCUGUAUUAAAAGAUAUUGGACUGAUAACCUCAGAAGAAGCUUCGAAAAUAAUAGAUAGAAGUAAGAUAAGAAGAGAGAGAAAAAGAACACGAAGCACUUUAAGAUCUCAGCUAAAACAAGAUAAAGUCUUCUCGCAAGCCAUUUAUUUCGACGGACGAAAAGAUAAUACCUUGGUUCAGCGUUCAAUUGGUAAUAAAAAUCACAGAACAACAGUUAGCGAAGAACAUAUUGUAAUUGUUUCAGAACCCGGAUCUAAAUAUUUUGGUCAUAUAACAGUUCCAUGUGGCACAGCAAAAGCAAUUUCCGAAAACUUGAUAGAGUUUCUCCAGCAACAAAUGGAUCUGACGAAUUUAGUUGCUAUUGGAUGCGACGGGACUGCUGUAAAUACUGGAAUUCACAAUGGUGUGAAUAGAAGGCUAGAGCUUUACCUUGGAAGGCCACUACAGUGGUUUAUUUGUAUGUUGCAUGCAAAUGAACUACCUCUCCGCCAUUUAAUGAAACAUUUGGAUGGGGAAACCACUGGUCCCUCUGGGUUUUCUGGCGAAAUCGGAAAAAAAUUACAAUCUUGCGAACUUUUACCCGUCACAGACUUUCAAAGAAUUCCAACAGAACUUCCUGAAAUUGAUUUGAAAUUGUUAAGUACAGACCAGAAAUAUUUAUAUAACAUAAGCUUGUCUAUAUCGAGUGGUGACAUAUCGGAAGGUCUGGCUAACACACAACCUGGAAAAAUGGCUCACUCAAGGUGGUUAACUACCGCGAAUAGGGUAUUGCGCCUGUAUGUGGCAACCUCAGACCCUUCUGAAAAUUUGAAGUAUUUAACAGAAUAUAUUUUGAAAGUUUAUGUUCCAACAUGGUUUUCGAUUAAAGUAUGUCCUGAGGUUAAAUAUGGUCCACGACAUUUACUAAACCUAAUAAAGCGGUCUCGAUAUAUGCCAUGUCAUUUGAGAGAUAUUGUUGACAAAAUAAUUCAAAUUAAUGGAUAUUUUGCACAUCCAGAAAAUAUCUUGUUAGCAAUGCUUGCUGAUUCGCGCAUUCAUUUUCGAGAACUGGGGUUGAGGCGCAUUUUGAAGUCUAGAGCUAAUGUUGAGACGGAAAUACGAAAGUUCAAAAUACCAGAGAUUAAUUUUGAAGCUACAGCAUACCUCAUCAAUCACUUGCUGAAGAAAAAUACAUUUGCCUACGGGUCAAUCAGGCAGAAUCGGAAAGAAUAUCCAAAUGGCUGUAUCAAAAAAGACAGUGAACCCAGGAAAACGGAGUAUGACUUUGUUCAAGCAGGUGACAUAUCGGUAGCAAAAUGGAAAGAUCUUCGAACAAAGUUGCGUCUUCUAUGCACGAUGCAUUAG